UCCUUUUCAGGUGUGGUCUCAGGCUGACGGAUCUACUAAAAACAUGUCCCAAAAAACUGUACCAUUUAAGCGGACCAUGCUGGUUAUAUCUCUGGUAGAGGAGUGGUCUUGUCUGAAGUCUUUGCUGCAGGACAGCUCUGGAGAUAACGGUCAUCAGGUAGCCUUCAGCUCUCUGGGGUCAAACCCAGUCUGCAACUUAACGGUGGAGGAUCACAUGAUUAGCCUGCACUAUGCACAUUUAAAAGAAGACAUGCCAGAGGAGAGCAUCUGCCAGGCAAUGGAUGGAUGCUUUAAGUGCUGCACAAAUGCAAUCACAACCUUUCUACUGCUGAUUCAAGGUGGGUGUUACACAAAGAAGGAAAGAAGAUUGAUAGAGAUUCUGCAAGCACACUUUGGAGUUGAGAGUUUGAAAUACCUGGUUAUUCUCUCGCUGGAAGAUGGAAAAGUUACUGACACACUGGAUGACACCCUCCUGGAUCUGAUAAACAUGUGUGACGGUAGAUACUGCCGUAUCACGGCCUCCACUGCGAGUGGCGGCCUGCACGCGUUGCUUGAGAUGGUCAGCAAUGUGCUGGCUGAAAACGGUGAGAGGGGCUACACUGAAACCAUGCUGACGGAGUCGAGGAGAAGGUGCACGGAGGACUCGGCCAUGAACAUGCUCAAGCAGAAGGUGCAGGAAGCAGAGGAGAAGGCGCAGGCGUUCAAAGAACGGGCUCAACUGCGGGAAGAAAGAAGAGCCAGAGAAGUGGAGGAGCUGAAGGCAAAGCAUGCUGAGGAGAGAAAGAAGGAAGCAGCUGAAAAGAACAAACUUGAGACAAGGAGAGUAAGUCUUCAGGAGGCAGAGAUCAGCCACAGAGCCAUGCUGCAGCUGCACAUGAGCACCCCCGAUGAUGAUGAAACAAAGAAGAUUUCUGUCAUUCUACUGGGCCUCUCCGGCAGUGGGAAAUCCUCUGCCCUUAAUCUAAUUCUAAACCGAGCGGGCCAUCAGUACUCAGUCAGCGGGUUCGCUCACGAACAAGCCGCACCAACUUUGUCCUGCGAUAGAAAGGAAGUGUGUGCAGCAGGCGGACGGAUCCUCCUGGUGGACACCCCCGAGCUGUGGGACGAAGACGGGGUGGAGAACGCAGAGCUGGUGAAAGACUGCCUGGCCUUGGCUCUGCCCGGACCCCACGUCUUCCUGCUGGUGCUGCAGGUCGGACGCUUCACCCAGGGGGAGCGGGAGAUGCUUGGACACAUGCAGAAGAUCUUUGGGCGAGAGAUUCCCGAGCACACCAUCGUCCUGUUCGUUCACGUGGAGGGAAACCCGUACCGGCCUCAGAACAUCAACGAUUACGUGGCCCGAGCUCACUCCUCUCUGCAGGAGCUCGUCCGGAGCUGCGGGAGUCGCUAUUACGAGUUGAACGUCACCAAAUCCCAGGGGGCUUUGAGCUAUCCGCAGGUGAAGGAGCUGCUCUCAGGAGUCAACAAACUAGUCGCCUCACAUGGAGGCGGAGCCUUCUCGGCCAAGAGAUUCUCCCCUCAGGAGCUGAAGGAAAGAAAUAAAGUGAUGGGGGAGAGGAGUGAGGGGGCACUGGAAGUUAACUACUUGUUAAGAGAUGAAUGAUUUCUUUAUGUGGGUGCAGAGGGAAAAACAUUUGACUAGAAGUGAUAUUUAAGUUUCAGCUGUUUAGAAUUAGCAGCCUCUGAAUUUGUUAUGGAAUUGAAUUACAUUAAGAAUUAAUUGGUUUAAAUCAGGGGUCGGCAACCCAAAAUGUUGAAAGAGCCAUAUUGGAUCAAAAACACAAAAAACAAAUAUGUCUGGAGCCGCAAAAAAUGAAAAGUCUUGUAUAAGCCUUAGAAUGAAGACAACACAUGCUGCAUGUAUUAGCUAUAAAUGGGGGAAGAUGUUUUCAUUAUGCACUUUGAGAAAAAAGUCGAAAUGUCGAGAUUAAUGUUGAAGUACAAUCUUGAGAAAAAAGUCGAAAUGUUGAG